AUGAAUAAAUUUUAUAUUCAAACCGCUUUAUUUAUUUUAAGCAUUUUCGCAUAUGCAAAUAAUGGAGCCCUUGCAGCUGAGCCUUCUCCAGGAGAAGAUACAAAACACCUUAUAAAAAAGAGUAAUAAAUUUAAACCAUUAAGUCCUCAUGAUACCCCAGAAGAAAUAUAUGAAAAAUACAAGGAAGUUGUAUGUCGCUGUCACGACCAUACACCAGCGAUCGAACUUAUGAACGAUGCUACAAAACAGUUAGAAUACUAUGCUACAACCAAAGAUGGUUAUGAACCAUAUUUACAAAAUCCUACUGAUAGUAUAUCUUAUUACAUAAAAAAAUUUGACAAAGAGACAAAUAUUAUAAAAGUUCAUUUAAAUAUUUAUGAUUCCAGUCAGUAUAAUGCCAUAAUAAACAGGAUAUGGAAUCCCAAAGCUCCCAAUAUUUUCAAUAAAGGCCUUGCAGGAAUUACCCAUAUUUACAAUCCAAAUUUAAUGUUUAUUCGCCAAAUUUGCGAAAAAGAUUCUAAUAGCUAUGAGAAGUAUUUUCAUGCUUUCGUUUCAAAGACUGAAAUAUCAAAGGACAAAACUAUAAUUGCCAUGACUUCAGUAAAUGUAAAUGAAUGGAACCCUUACAAUAUGAAUUAUACCAACCCAAUAAUAAAAAAAGCAAAUUCAUUCAUCAAACCUCCACGUUUUGAAAAACAUUUUCCACAAUGUUAUGCACAAAUAUUUGUGAACUUAGCUGGAUAUCUCAUUGAAAAAAAAGGCGAUGCUCUUGAAAUCACCUAUAUCGAAUCUAUUCAGGGACAUUCUUCCAUUUAA